AUGGGUCAGUCGGUUAUUGUUGAAGUUUUGGACAAAGAUAACAGCACCAAAGAUGAUGAGCUUGGACUAACUACUAUACCAAUUGAGGACGUUUAUCUUAGUGGCAGUAUCGACUCGGUUCAAAUGUUGGAGGGUGUUAAAAAGGGGAAGGUGCAUCUGAAAAUUACGUGGCUGGAUCUAUCGCCAAACCCUGGGGACUUUGUUGACGUUGACAGAUUGCGACGAUCUUCGGGCUCAGAUCGAGCAAUAUACAACAGCUAUCUCUUCGUGCGAAUCGAAGAGGCCAAGAAUUUAAUUUUGAGAGACAGUAAAACGGAGUUCGUUCUGGGAACUCUUUCAAUUCCGUUGAAGUAUCUGAAAGCUGAGAAGAAUAUGACAAUCACUCAGCCAUACGCCCUUCAAGCCGCGGGUCCUGAUAAUGCUACUCUCUAUCUUCACCUUGAAUUAAGAGCACUUGUACCUGGGCCAGAUCGACGACCUCCAAUUGAGAGCUCAUUGCCUGGAUCACCAACUAGUGAUGAGGACAUGAACAUUGCGGAUGCAACUAAAAUAGAUGCCGACUCAACUUCAAAUGAUCCUACAGAACCCCCCAAACCUGGUUCCCCUGAGGCAGAAAAUGUUGUGCGUCAUCGUCAUCAUGGAUUCAAGGGCAAUGAUGGCAAUAUGCAGACGAUGGUAGCUCCGCCAGAUCCAGCAGGUCGUAUUAGACUGACAAUUCGCUACGAUGUUAACCUGGAGAUCUUGACAGUUACCAUUGAAAGUGCUGAAGAGCUACUUGGCGUGGACAAGGAUGGUCUCUCUGAUCCUUACGUGAAGUUGAGCCUUAUAGAUGGAUGUGGUCACACAGUCGGUGACUCAAAGAAAACCAAGCCUGUGAAGAAUGACCUCAAUCCACAAUUUAACGAAAGCUUCGAGUUCUCUGUAAAUUCUGAAGUUUUGGGUACGUGCAAACUGUGUGUGAAUGUAAAGAACCAUGUGGGAGUGCUUCAGCGUGGCUCACACACUCGCGAGUUGGGAUUUGUUGUGCUGACUCUCAAGUCUCUCAAAGAUGGCGUUGGAUUCACGGAAUGGCAACUUCCACAAGACAUGCAGAUUGAGGUGGCAGCUGAGUAA